GCGGUUUCAUCUCAAAUCCCAUUUGCUAUUGCACUUGUCCAAUAGCAGGCACCGAGCGCAUUUUAACUCGGGUGGCAUCUUUUUUAUUUCAUCAUUGCAAUCCAGCGCAAGUUUGACGCAGUGAUCUCUGAGCUCUUCCUCUGAUCCUCCUCCGGAACCGUUCCUAUCGUCUCUCCCCCCCUCUCUCCCUCCCUCCCUCUCUCUCUCGCUUAGUCUGGACCUAAAACGAUCAUCUUCUUCAGGAGUUUUCUGUCGCCCUAGAUAAGUUUUCAUGGUGAUCCGGACAUCGCACAGUGAACGGUGAUGGCGGACUCUGGCGCUCAAGAGACUCGCCAGCAUGCAAAAGACUCGCCGUUCUCCAUAAAGAACCUGCUGAACAUCGAAGACAAGCCCACGAAGCCCAAAGGCUUCCUCGGCUCGUCCAAGGGAGCGUUCGAAGGGAGCUUCAUCUCCCGGCUCGGGGACUUGUCUUUCCCUCGAUUUGAGUUGCCCACGCAGAGGAUCGGACUAUCGGCGCAGUAUUUGGAGAGAGCGUCCACCUGGUGGUACCCAUACACGCUCGGCACGCACCUGAGGGCUGGAGUGUCAGCAGGGUCUGAGAAGGUCAACGUGAGAGAAGCAUCGCCGACACCGGACCCGCGCUCCCCGGAUCCCCCAAAAAGCGACCACGACGGCAAAGAGGAAAGCGCCGACGACGACAUCGCGCUGGAUGAAAGUGACUCGGAGGAACCGAAGAAAGGAACCGACCAAGGGGACGACUGGAGGAGGAAAACCGGCGAGCUGGACCCUUCCGACAGGAAGCCCUGCCGGAAGAAGAAGACGCGCACGGUGUUUUCCAGGAGCCAGGUGUUCCAGCUGGAGUCCACCUUCGACGUGAAGCGCUACCUGAGCAGCUCGGAGAGGGCGGGCCUGGCCGCGUCGCUGCACCUGACGGAGACGCAGGUGAAAAUCUGGUUUCAAAAUCGGAGGAAUAAGUGGAAACGGCAGCUGGCCGCGGAGCUGGAGGCGGCCAACCUGAGCCACGCGGCGGCGCAGAGGAUUGUGCGGGUUCCCAUACUUUACCAUGAGAGCGGAGCCACGGAAACGGCCGGGGGCCCCGCGGCCACCUCACCGCCGGGGAGCCAGUCACUGCUGGCUUUCCCCCACCACAUGUACUAUUCCCACCCGGUCCCACUGCUGAGGCACGUUUAACACGGACUGCGUCAUCUGUACAUAUGUUUUUAAAUGAGGGUGACUUUCAUUUGAGAAAAAAAAAUGCAUUUUGUAGAUUUUGUAGAUUCUACGGACAAAAUAGGGUCAUCAUAUUAUUAAUAUUAUUAUUAUUAUUUCCUAUUUAAUCAUCAUGUAUCCUGCUGAAGCGUCGUUGAGCAAGUCCAUAUUGCAGUUACUAUUGGUGUUAUAAGAGUUAUUAUUAUUGUCAUUUUUAUUAUUAUUAUUACGUGGCAUUACUAUUAUUGGUGAAAAUGUUGGAGGCACCACAGUAAGAUAAUUUAAUGUGACUUGUUUUUAAACAGGAUUGACUGUCCUUAAGUAUUUUAAAGACAUUUGUGUCAGUGUUUGUAGGAAAACAUGUUAAAUGUAUUAUUUUUAUUUUUUCCAAUAUUGUGCAAUAAGUUGGCUGCGCAUUACAGGCUGCCACCCUUUGUAAACAUACAAAUAUGUUUCUCUUUGUAUCAGUUCAGACAAUCAUGUGAUCCAGAAAAUCCCGAAAAACUGCAGGUGAUUGGCAUUUGUUUUUAUGACGUGUUUCUCCGGUAAAUUGAAAGCCAUGCAAAGAGCCAAAAAAUAGCCUCUGUUUUUGUCUGUUUUUGUCUGGUUAUUGACAUUGUGUCUAUUAUAUGUUCUCACAGCGAGUAAAAAUUCCGUUCCCAAAGAAAAUGUAUUUUUAUCCAUAAGAGAAUGAUGGUGUACAUGGAAAAUGAAUUGUUCAAUUAAGUCGUGUGAUUAAGAUUCUGAUUUGUAAACAUUUGUGAGCA